AUGAAGGUUAAACUCCCCAGGAGCUGCCAAUGGUGGUCGAUUGGGAACGGAACCUGUGAGGAGGCCCUGAAGAAGUCGAACUCAACUGGCUAUGCUUGCAAGAGUCUGAAUUCAGAGUGUUAUGAGGCUAGUAAUGGUUAUGGGUACAGGUGUUCUUGCAUGCAGGGCUAUGAAGGAAAUCCUUACUUACUACACGGUUGUCGAGGUCAACUCAAAAUACCCUUUAAUUUUCUCUUUAUUUGUGUGUUGUUUGGUGAAAAGAAAAAUAUAGACGAGUGCCGAAAUCCAAGCACGUAUUGCGUAAAGAAAUGCAACGGAAGAAAGGAUGGAAAAGACUGCAUACCAAAUGAUUCUGGUUAUCCACUUAUUUCCAGAAUAGUCACAGUAUUUGGAUAUUCCACAACUCCAUCCAGUGGAGCAACAGAAAUGUUGGACAUUUCUGAGCUGGGGAAUAACGAGGAGCAGGUUAUGGAAGUUGCUGAGCUGGCGAGGAGCUGUCUGAACGUGAGAGGGGACGAGCGGCCGAGUAUGAAGGAGGUGGCGGCGGAAUUGGAGGGGCUGGGAAGAGUUGGAGGGAAACAUUCAUGGGUUGAACCAAAGGGAGAAGAGAAUGCAGAGUCUUUUCUUCUUGGUGAUGGAUUAUUUGAUGAUAGUGUUAAGGAUCAUAUGGUAAUGGGUGGUGGGAGAUGA